UGGGAUUGUUGUUAAAUAUCCUGAUGAUUAUUUUGAUGCUUGAAUUUCGGUGCUGAAAUGAAUUAUUGUCAGUCUUCGCUAGGUUUUUCAAAUCCCGUUUUCCGAAGGUUUGCCGCUUGAAUACCGGUGAAGCACAUUGCAGGAGGAUUAGCCAAACUUGUUGCCUUGGCAACAUCCUAAUCGUUUAGUACAUUCUUCCUCGGGACUGUACAGAUUACAUCCUUACCGAAAGCCCCAUCAAUACAAAAUGCCAUUUCUGAGACCUCGAAAGCUAAAAGAAAGCCGCUGGAAAGAAUGGGAUCGAAAUGCGCAGAAAAACGGAUUGAAAAGCACUGUUUACACAACGAAUGGGGAUGAAUACACAGGAGAGUGGCGGGACAAUAAGAAGCAUGGAAAGGGAACACAGAAGUGGAAAUCUAAUGGAGCCAUUUACGAUGGUGACUGGCAGUAUGGAAAAAGAAAUGGCUUUGGAACCUACAGCUUACCAGAUCCAGUCAGUGGAGAAUAUAAAAAAGUAUAUUCAGGCGAAUGGAAAAAUGACAAAAGACAUGGCUUGGGAACCAACUUUUACUCGGAUGAUGACAUUUAUGAGGGCCAUUGGUAUAAUGACAAAAGAGAUGGCUGGGGUAGAAUGUACAAUGCAGAUUGCUCUACAUAUGAAGGUGAAUGGUCCAAUGACUUCCCCAAUGGCCAGGGAAUGCUCCGUCUUGCUAAUGAAAAUCGCUAUGAAGGUUUCUGGAAAAAUGGAAAGAAACAUGGAUCAGGAAAGUUUUUCUUCUUUGAGAAAGGUCAACUAUAUGACGGUGUAUGGGUAGAUGACAUCCCAAAGUGUGGAAAAAUGAUUGAUUUUGGCCGAGAAGAUGCUAUUAAUCCUACUCUCUACCCAAUACCACAGAUAAAGCUAAGAAACCCUGCUGCUGUAUUAGAGGAAGCCAAAUCACACUUUCUGGAUGAAAAUAAGACUACCAGUCAACAUGUUAUCUCUUCUACAACUUAAAGAUCACAUGAUUCAACCUUUAAUGUUCAUGGUGCAUAUCUGGCCUUUUAAGAAUGACUUGUAUAAAUCAGGUCUUUAAAUAAUCAUUUUGUACACAGCUACACUCAAAUGGUGCACCUGCAAUUUGUGAACUUUUUCUGAAAUGAUGCUAGCAGAAUAUUUCUAUAGCAUUCAUCCGGGUCACAAAAUAAUCUGCGUCAUUUGAACACCUGAUGCUUAAGCAGUAGCUGCUUUGUUGAGAACCCACAUUGUAUUGGUAGGUUGGUUUGCAUUCUUGAUGGUGAACUUAAUUGGUAAUUUAGCUUCUACAAUUUGAUUCACAAUGCAAGAUUUUGUUUACAUGCUUCUAUUUCUACUUGCCUUAUUUAAUCCAUCACCCUCAUCAAAUUUCCAUCAGCUAUUCAUAUGAAAUGCCUCGAAUACAUUGAGGUUUCUAAUUUUUGUUAUGCCUCUUUAUUGU